CCUUCAUUGUAGUCCAUUAAGACACACGGCUGAAGACUCAUCUGCUAUUGAACGUUUCUACGACACAGACUGUGAGGAAAGAACAAUGUCCGGACCGAGGCCUGUGGUGCUGAGCGGCCCCUCUGGAGCAGGGAAGAGUACUCUGAUGAAGAGGCUGAUGAAGGAUCACGAGGGCGUCUUCGGAUUCAGCGUGUCACACACAACAAGAAAUCCUCGACCGGGAGAGGAAGAUGGCAAAGGGCUGAACACGCUCCCAAUGCUUCUGGGGGCUACUUUACUGCCCGUAGCAGCCGUCUUCUCCGUUAAAGACUUAGCAGAGUCUACCUCUUUUUCGUGUCCAAACGAAUCAGAAAUCACAGAUAAAGACUACCACUUCACAAUGAGAGAGGCCAUGCAGGAGGGAAUCGACAAUGGAGACUUCAUUGAAAACACUGAGUUUUCAGGAAACAUGUAUGGAACGAGUAAAGCUGCCAUAGAAGAUGUGCUGGCCAUGAACAAAAUCUGCAUCUUAGAUGUGGAACUCCAGGGGGUGAAGAGGAUUAAAGAGACUGACCUGAACCCCAUCUACAUCUCCAUCCAGCCUCCCUCCAUGGAGAUCCUGGAAAGCCGUCUGAGAGACAGACAGACGGAGACAGAAGAGAGUUUACAGAAACGCCUGGAGGCCGCACGCAUCGAUAUGGAGCUCAGUAACGAGCCUGGAGUGUUUGAUGUUAUUAUCAUCAAUGAUGACUUAGAGAAGGCUUACGAGGAGCUGAAAGAUAUCCUCAAUGAUGAAAUCCAGAAAAUUCAGGAGGCAAAAUCAUAAGAAGGAAACAGUAGCCAGUCUCUGAUCUGCUGGACAGAAGAACCAAAAUGUGUAACUCUGGCCUGAAUAACUCCGUCCUCACUGACUGCAAAUGGCCGCAUCUAAAAUAGACUUUCAUCUUGAGAAACGAUUUUUUGUUUUUUUACCCUCUAUGUUAUAUGGUUGGAAGAUUGCUCAGUACAGUUUCAUGCUCACUGAUGCUCAGAUGGAAAAGAAACUCCAGAUGUUUGUAUAGUUGACUGAUGGGGGUUAUGUUAGAUUUAGUAAAACCAGUGGUUGAUAUCUAGGUGUGAACAUCCUGACCCAUAGGUCAGUGCCAGUUGAAAAUAAAAAUAAAAGGUACAACUGCCAAAUUCAGUGCUACAUUUGGUUUUCAUAAACCAAAGUGUGACACUGGCCAAAUGUGGAGUCCACCUCAGUACCUCAUCGCAGAAUAGUUGUUGUUGAAUUCUGAUACAGUAGAAAUAAAUUCCCUACUAGUUAAGUGUAUGAUUACUUUGACUAACAGUAUAACAGUAUAUAAUUGCUGCAUAUAAUUUAAACAUUGUUAAGGAGGUCUAUGCAUCUAAU